AUGAUAUUGACAAUGAUUGGUAUAUUAAUGGAGCCAUUAGUAAAUAGUGGUGAUGAGGCUGAAUCUGAAGAAGAAAAUAAUCAAGAAAUCGAAGGAGAAGUAGAUGGUAUUGCUGAAAACAGUAUAUCAAGUCAAAUUGAAGACAAAUCAUAUGAAAAACAAGAAAAUCAUGAAAUUAAAGUUGAAGUUGGAUCUGAUUAUAGUGAUAGUACCAUAAGCCAAAAUAAAGACACAACAUAUGUAAAACAAGAAGAUCAUGGAGCUGGUUAUAAAAAUGUCAAGAAAAAUGAUCAUGAUAAAGUAAUAAAAGAUGAAGAAGAAGAUCAAGAAGUGAGAGAUUUAAAUUAA